GUUCGUACAUUCCAAAAGGGAAACGCGCCGUAAAUAUCGCAAUACAAACAAAGAGAGAGGUCUUAACAGGAAAAAAUGAAGAAACAAAGAGAGGCAAGGAAAUAGCACUUGUAAAGAAAUAAAAUAAAAUAAAAAAUGGUAAUUGACAAUACACAGAUUAAAAGGUUGGAGUUUUCAAAAAGAAAAGCUGAUGGUGGGGAACAUCCCAAGCCACCUUCGGAUUUCCCAAGGACAACAAAGAUCAACUUUGUGGGUGGUGCGGGUCACACAUUUCCCAUUUCCUAAGUCACAACUAACAGCAAAUGUCCCCUGUACACAUGCUAACCGUCACAUAUAUAAAAUGCCAUGCACGGAAUAAGCAUGUUCCUUUCAUUCCCAAUUGAUGUCCAAAGAGGCGUAGUUUCUUCAACCUCCUGGUAAGUUCAGCCCAUAGCAUAGGAUAUAAAUAUUAUUUAUUAUCGAAUAUAUUUAUGCUUGUUUAUAUGAUUGCUUUUUUCUUUCUCUUAUUAAGAAGUUGAGGCUCUAAAAUUGGUUAAACCAAACUUGUGAUGGUUAAAACAAGUUUGUUUCCUGUUUGAUCAAGUGCAGAUUCGUUGAAUACCAUACAUACCCUGUUACACUGCGUUGGAUUGAAAAAUUUUUGAAGAAAAAAAGAAAAAUGUCUCCAACAACUGCCGUGGUGGAUGUUACUCAAAAUGGAAGUGUGAAAAGUCAUGAGACUGCAGGCAAUGUAUGUGAAGCUAUUGGAAACUAUGAUAUUUUGAAGCUAUUGGACAAUCCAAGGCCAAUAAAUAUAGAGAGGAAAAGAUCCUUCGAUGAAAAGUCAUUCAGUGAUCAAUUCCCCGAUGGAUUAUCGCCCCAUCAGCAUUGCAGAAACACAGAAAAUUCGCUGCGGGCAAUAGAUUCUCCUUGUAGAAGGUCAAGCUUGUAUACUUAUACACCAAGAUCUCACACUUACUAUGACGCGCACCCUAUGGUUUCCGAUGCAUGGGAUGCUUUGAGGCGCUCGCUUGUUCAUUUCCGAGACCAACCAGUUGGGACAAUUGCUGCCCUUGACCAUUCCGUCGAGGGUCUCAACUACGAUCAGGUGUUUGUUAGAGAUUUUGUCCCAAGUGCAUUGGCCUUUUUGAUGAACGGUGAAGAUGAAGUGGUCAAAAAUUUCCUUCUGAAAACACUUCUACUCCAGUCAUGGGAGAAAAGGGUAGACCAGUUCAAGCUUGGAGAAGGAGUAAUGCCGGCAAGUUUUAAAGUACUCCAUGACCCUGUCAGAAAUUUCGAAACUUUAAUUGCAGAUUUCGGCGAGAGUGCAAUAGGAAGAGUAGCUCCUGUUGAUUCUGGAUUCUGGUGGAUUAUAUUGCUUCGUGCUUACACAAAGUCUACAGGGGACACUUCUCUCGCUGAAAAGCCCGAAUGCCAAAGAGGAAUGCGUCUCAUUCUCAGUUUGUGUCUCUCUGAAGGUUUUGAUACUUUCCCAACUUUACUCUGCGCCGAUGGGUGUUGUAUGAUUGAUCGCAGAAUGGGUGUUUAUGGGUAUCCCAUAGAAAUACAAGCUCUGUUCUUCAUGGCAUUAAGGUGUGCUCUGCUUUUACUUAAGCAAGACGACGUGGGCAAAGAAUUCGUGGAACGAAUAGUUGAUCGCCUCCACGCUCUAAGCUAUCACAUGCGGAGCUACUUCUGGCUGGACCUGAAGCAGCUCAACAACAUAUAUCGGUACAAAACAGAGGAAUACUCCCACACAGCAGUGAACAAGUUCAAUGUAAUGCCAGAUUCUCUUCCCGAUUGGGUAUUCGAUUUCAUGCCCACUCGAGGUGGAUACUUCAUCGGGAAUGUGAGCCCAGCGAAAAUGGAUUUCCGUUGGUUUUGCAUGGGAAACUGCAUGGCCAUUUUAUCGUCAAUGGCGACUCCUGAGCAAUCUGCAGCCAUAAUGGACCUUAUCGAAUCGAGAUGGGAAGAGCUGGUCGGAGAAAUGCCGUUGAAGAUAUGUUAUCCGGCAAUAGAAAGUCACGAAUGGCGGAUAGUAACUGGGUGUGACCCCAAGAACACCAGGUGGAGUUACCACAACGGUGGCUCUUGGCCAGUACUUGUAUGGCUGCUUACAGCAGCAUGCAUCAAGACAGGACGUCCCCAGAUUGCAAGACGAGCCAUUGAACUGGCGGAGAGGCGGCUGUCAAAAGACCAGUGGCCGGAGUAUUACGAUGGGAAGAUGGGAAGGUAUAUAGGAAAACAGGCUCGGAAGUUUCAAACAUGGUCAAUUGCUGGUUAUUUGGUGGCAAAGAUGAUGCUGGAUGACCCAUCUCACUUGGGCAUGAUUUCGCUGGAGGAAGACAAACAAAUGAAACCUCUCGUUAAAAGAUCCGCAUCUUGGACCUGUUAGAUACUAAAACUACUCAAUCCAUACUUCUCAUUCAUUCUUCAUCCCUUCUAUUCUACUUCCAUUUUUCUAAACAAUAACUGUCUCAACAACCUUUUUUUUUUUUUUUGGUUUUUAAUGGGGGGUGAAAAAGACAAAUGCAACCUCUUGAUUUUUACACACCUUCAUUUCUCUUUCAUAGCAGCAGCAGCAGCAAAAAUUUAGUGAAGUAUAGGAAUUCAUAGGUAUCAGAAAUGUAGUCCAGUCAUGUACGAAAUGUUUUAGAUGUUAAUGGAGUACCCAAAAAAAACAAAAAAAAAAUGACCGGACAAACAUUAUAAUGAUGUAACCAUUUCGUUUGAUUAUUAUUAAAUACGAACUAAAAAUUGUGUUUUGGUUUUGAAAA